GAUUAUGAAAAGAUUCUUUCGGAUCUGGACGAGGCGAUUCAGAAGAGUCAGCUUAGAAUAGCAGAUAUCAAGAUACGACAGCGAAGAGCAUUAGCCCUAUGGGUUUUGUACAGCUCUAUCUUAUGGGCUGUAUACCUUGUUUACUGCAUAUUCACACUCUAUAACCAAAACAAAGGGAUCCGCGCUAUUGUAAACGCUGGUAUUCCGUUAAUUCUUUUCCCGUUUGUAAUAUACUACAUGAGAAUAGCACUGGCAUGGUUUUACUCUAGAAAGCAAACAGCUGAAGAAUCUCGGCUAUCGACCAUGAUGACACAUAAAAACCAAAAACUAGAUGAAUUGAAAAAUAAGACUUCUUAUUAUACUACUCACUCGCUGCUCGAACGAUAUGAUUUAUCUGAAUCAAAGAAGUCCCAAUCGGUGGGUGCAGUCACAGGUGAUUAUCCCCAGCGCAGGCCAGGUAAACAAUUGAGCACUCUGUCUCUACCGGCACAGCGUCCUCAGCCCCUACCUGAACUACCUACACCACUUAAUGCAAGAAAUGAUACACAGAAAGGUAACAUGAUGUCACAAUUUUCGACUGUCCCUCGACAACCUCGAUGGUUUGAUAAGAUGUUUGAAGCAUUAGUUGGAGAAGAAAAGAGCGAAGAAAGAUAUGCUUUGAUAUGUGACCAUUGUUUUUCCCAUAAUGGUCUUGUCCUACCCCGCGAAAGAGACUCAAUCCAAUAUGUGUGUCCACAAUGUCAUAAGUUCAAUCCAAGU